GUGGGUUACAGCUGCAGCCUCCAUGCCUGGGAUCCGUGUUUGGGUGCGAUGGAUGUUUUGGAGCAUUAGCACCCAGGACUAUGGCUGUCACUCACUGCUCUUGAAACCACGCAGUGCAGUAGUUAGUGCACUCAAAAAAUCACUGCACUGCUUCACUCAGCUUUUAUAUGCUUUUUAUUUCAGCGGGCCCGGUGACUGCUUCCCAGGGCGGAGGGCUGCCAGCUCAGGCCUGGCGCUGGGGGCCAGGGGAGGCCGCGGUGGAAGGAGGGGAGCGCCCGCCGGGCCGCUGCGCCCCGCGUCGCCACGGCGACGGCUCGGGGCUCGGCCAUGGCGCAGGCGGUGAGCAGUGACGAUCGCAUGGUAGCUGCAAUUGAGAAAAAGAUUAGAGAAGCUUUUCAGAUGUUUGAUCGCGAAGGAAAUGAAACUAUGGAUGUCAGAGAGAUUGGUGCACUUGUGAGAUCUUUAGGUUGCUUCCCAACUGAGGCAGAGCUACGUAAACUGCUUGCAGAGGUAGAAGAAGAAGAACCAACUGGAUAUAUUAAUCUAGGAAAAUUUCUUCCAGUGAUGACAAAAGUAUUACUCAACAGAAGCUUCAGGCCUAUUCCAGAAGAUGUUCUUCUACAUGCGUUUGAGGCUUUAGAUGAGAAUAAAAAUGGAUACAUUACUAAAGAGGAGCUGGUAAAACAUAUGACUGAAGAAGGUGAACCGUUUACUGAGGAAGAAAUGGAGGAGAUGCUUUCCAGUGCUAUAGAUCCAAAAACAGAUGCUGUUCAUUACAGAGACUACAUUUUAAAGUUGUUAGUAGAAGAUGCUGAUGAUCUCCCACAGUAGACUCUGAGGUGCCUUGUGGUAACAGCAGUGUAGCUUAGCAGUUGGCUGAAAUUUCAAGUACAACAAAACACAGUGUGUGACCUUGCACUUAUAAUUAAAAUAAAAUCUGUGUAGUUUUAUUUCCUUAGUUUCUGUAUAUAUUUUGAAAUCUAUUCACACUUAGCAUAAGAGUUCUUGACAGAAAUAUUGUGUGAGAUCUGGAAAAGGAAUCAUGGAAUUUGGUUUGAAAAAUAAUGGAGUCAAGAAAUGACUUUACAGUUGUUGCUGCAAGAUUAACAGAAAAAUGAGACCUGGGAAAACAAAUGCUCAGUGAGUAUUUUAAGAUGACUGAAUUGUGAGGGCAUGCUACUAUGAUAAAACUUUUGUAUUUAAA